AUGGAAGAAAGCAAAGGAAGGGUGUGUGUUACUGGUGGUACAGGUUUUAUUGGUUCAUGGCUUAUCAAGACCCUCCUUGAAAAUGACUACUCUGUGAACACCACUAUCAGACCCAAUUCAGAACACGGGAAAGAUGUCAGCUUUCUUACCAGCUUAUCUGGAGCAUCCCAGAGGCUACAAAUUUUCAGUGCAGAUCUCAGCUAUCCAGAAAGCUUUAGUGCAGCCAUUGAAGGUUGUAUUGGAGUUUUCCAUGUUGCUCACCCAGUUGAUUUUGAAUUAAGGGAACCCGAAGAAGUGGUGACCAAAAGAUCCAUUGAUGGUACACUUGGUAUUUUGAAGGCAUGCCUCAAUUCCAAGACUGUGAAAAGGGUUGUGUACACCUCUAGUUCCUCUGCUGUGUAUUUGAAUGGCAAAGAAUUUAUGAUGGAUGAAUCCUAUUGGAGCGAUGUGGAUUAUCUUAGAGCUUCAAAGCCAGUUGGUUGGUCUUAUGCAGUUUCAAAGACAUUGACAGAGAAGACAGUGCUUGAAUUUGGAGAACAAAAUGGAUUGGAUGUUGUGACUCUAAUUCCAACUUUUGUUUGUGGACCCUUCAUUUGUUCAAAGCUUCCUAGCUCAGUCGAUGCUACAUUGAAUGUCGCAUUUGGCAAGAAAGGACCAUUUGGUGUGGUUCUUCAGACAUCAUUGGUGCAUGUGGAUGAUGUGGCUAAAGCACAUAUAUUUCUGCUGGAACAUCCUAAUGUAAAAGGGAGGUAUAAUUGCUCACUAUGUACGGUAACUCGUGAAAGGAUGUCUGAACUUGUUUAUGCCAAAUACCCAAAAUUUCAACUACCAACACCAGACUCGUUGGAACUAAUUGAAAGUAUCAAGAAACCAGCGCUAUCGUCAAAGAAGCUCAUAGAUGCAGGAUUUGUCUUCAAGUAUGGACUAGAGAAAAUUAUUGAUGAUGCAAUUCAAUGCUGCCAAGAAAAUUGUUACCUAUAA